AUGACCAGCCAAAAGUUUACCACACGCGCUAUCACUCUGGGGGGAGGCUAUUACGCAUGCGCACUGGAGCCGCACGCAGAGCAGGUGUCGCGCUUGGCUUCUCAGGUGACGCUGCGUGAUGAGUCUGGACUGGGGGCCUUUAGUGGACUGUGGGACCAUCCGUGUGUCACAGAGCGAGGCCGCGGGGCCGAGCUGCAGGUGUAA